AAACAUAGCCUGAAAAAAAAAAUAAAUAAAACCAAAUGAUAAAACCACAGCGACAAAAGUGGAAUAACAAACGAAGAGAAAGAGAAAGAAUAGUACUACGUGGCCAAAGAAAACGACAGAACGGACAAGACAAGACAGAAAGACCACGAAAGAAAAUGGACAAACUGGCGACUACACGGGAGACACGAUGCCGGUUCCCUCCUUUCCUAGCUCACUAGCCCCACUCAAACCCAGCCACAGCAGAAGCGCGCGUGGAUCUACAACGUGUGGGUGGCCUGCUAUGCGUGGCUAUCUUAGUGCGGGGAGAGUGGCGGUGCAAGACAGCAGGUCUUUCAUGCAGAUGUGAAGAAAAAUAAAUAAAGGAAAUAACUAUAAACUAAAUGGAAAACAGGAAUUAAGGAGACAGCAAACACAUGAAUGAAACCAAAAGAAAAGUGUGAGGAAAGCGAAGCGUGACACAUGAGGCGAUACUGAUAAAAAGAAGCAGAGAUAAAAAAAAAAAAACAUGUGUGAAGUGCAAGGUCCCGGAGGCGCCCCUGGGAGGAGUGCGGGGGCGGGAGGAGCCUCUACACCCCCAGGGAGGCUCAGUGUUUCAUCAUCAGAGUCCGACGAGGAUCAGAAAGCCCCAAGAAACUCCCUGCUAGGCUCCUCGGAGGAUAGUCCUUCAAAUGAGCCUGCGGAGGGAACAGCGAACUCUCGUGACGAUUCUAACAUGGAGGAGGAGGAGGAGGAUGACGAGGAGGAGGAGGAGUCGUCAUCUGAGGUCGUUGUAGUGACGCUUAACAUAGUGGAAAAGAAAGACAAAGAUGAUGAGGAGGAGGAGGAGAAAGAGAAAAAGAUAGAUGAUGAAACGGAAAUGGAGGAGAAAGAUACACAUGAGAUGAAGGUGAAAGAACGUAAGGGGAGCGAAAAUGAAGCCAAAGAAGUGCAAGGUUGUGAUUGUGAUGAGACCGAGAUAGAAAACCUGGAGAACGAACGCAGGGACGAGCUACUGGAAAACACGCUGAAGAGGGAGAGUGAGAUAGAGGAAGAGAAAAUGGCUCAUGACAUGGUGGAGGAAAACAGCCGAAGAAAUGAUGAGGGGGCUUCCGCUGCUGAUUCCCUGAAGGAGGUCGAGCCACAAAAGCAGAAAGAGGACGAGGAAGAGGACGAGGAAAAGAAGGAAGAGGAGGAGAGGAAGGAUGAUAAGGAACAGAGACAGGAGGAAGUGAUAGUGAAGGAGGAGGAGGAGAUGGAGAUGACGAGCAAACACAGCCAUGAAGACCAGAAGAAAACCAAGGAAAAGGAGGAGGAAAUGAAGGAAAUUACAAAGGAAGAGGAAAAGGAACAGAAGGAAACGAAGAAAGAGGCUAAGGAAAAUGAGAAGCAAGAAGAUGAAAAGGAGGCAGAGGGAGUUGACCCAUUUAGCCCAAAGUGUGCAAAGGAAGACCUGCCGCCGCCAACCACAACCAAAGUUUCCAAGACUGUCAACUUCUUGGAGAGUGAACUGAAGGCGAUCAGCGAGAGGAAGAGGCACACCAUCAACUCCUAUACCUCCUCCUCCUCGUCCUCGAAGUCUAAGGAGGCGGGGGAGGCAAAGGACGAGGACGUGUUGGAGAGACUAGAGGUGGAUGAGAAGACAAGCAAACACUGGACGCUGGGAGAGGGCAAUCCUGUCUAUCGCCUCUCACUCAAGCUCUCGCCCAACCUGUUUAACGUGACGGAUAUCCCGGGGGCGAACCAGCAUAAGGAGGCGGACAAGGCGGGCUUUCUGACCAAGCUGAGCGGCCGCAGUUUUCCGUACAUCGCCCAGUGGAAGCGUCGGUACUGCGUGCUGUCCAAGGGGCGCCUCUACUACUACGAGAAGGAGGACAGCAAGGCGGGGGACAAAUCGAACGGGGUGAUCCAGCUGGAGUACUUCGACCAAGUGGCGGAGGCGGGGCCCAAGGAGUGCAAGAAAGCCACCAAUGUCUUCAUCAUCACGUCGCAGGACCGGAGCUUCUUUGACCCCGGUCGCCACGUUUUCUCCGCGGACACCCUGCCUGAUAUGAAAGACUGGAUUCGGAAGCUACAAGCAGCCCUUGACCAGAUACGAAACAACAACCGACCUGCUGCCUCCACCUCGCCCUCCGCGUCUCCUUCGGCCAAAGAGAGAGGAGGGAAGAGGAAAGACGAGGCAGCAGAGGGCAAGGAAGGCAAAGGGAGUCAGACUCAAACUGCCACUGCUACUUCCAAGGAGCGGAGGAAGAAGAAAGAGGACUCAAGUCGUCCUCGCAAGUCUUCUAAAACGGGGGUAUCGAGCCAGACCCAGACUUCGAUGGGGGAGCCCCCGGCCAGCGACGCGCCUGACGGGGGACGUCCAGUCAUGGCAAUACCCAGGGGCGGAGUCAUGCUACCUGGGUUCUCGUCUCGGAAGGACCCUCAGCCGACGAACAGAGCACCGGAGCGGAGGAGCGGCGACGGUGAGGCGGAGGACGACUUGCCCCAGGCGGGUCCCACGCUCACGUGCGUCACCAAGCAGAGAGUGAAAGGGCCUCAAGGUCGCCGGGCUCCACAGAACCGACGGAAGGCGGCGGCAGCCCUCAAGAAGCGGGCCAGCUCCCUGUCAGCCCUCGAACACCAGGACGCCAGCGAUAACAGAGAGGCGCCGUGGCUGAACCGCUCCCUGGACGUGCUGGAGGGAGGCAACCCAUGGGGCGGCAAGCAGGUGGGUAGCGCGGUGCCAUCAUCGGCACUACCCUACAAGGCAUACAACUAUUCCACCGACGAGGACGACAUAGACGACGACCAGUCAGACUCUUUUCCUGCUUCGGCCUCGGGGAUGCCGCCACCGCCGCCGCCUCCUCGCUCGGCUUCCUAUGGACUGGAGCUGAUGAGAUCAGCCUCUCAGGGCCGCGUCGCGCCACGAGGACGCAAGGCGCCGCGCUGCUCCCUGGAUGAAGCUCGAGGUUCCCAGGCAGACCUCGGGGACUCCAGGGACUCUCUGGGUGGGUGGCGCGGGUCACACGGUGAAGCCUGGGGCCAAAACGGACGCGCCUCUCCUGUCAUGGACGACCUGGACAACCUGCUGAUGAACCAGAGUGUCCAGCACUCUAGCGCCGCUCUGGACUCAAUCAGCGACGCGGGCAGCGAAGGGAGCAGCACCUGCCGCGCCGCCGACCAUCAGCAACCUGCCGCUGCUCCAGACCACUGCCACCACCACCACCACCAUCACCACCAGAUGCAGCAGGGCCAACAGCCCCGCAAGAAGCCCCAAGACCUGGGCCGCUUCACCACAGCAGUGAGGCAUCUGCAGCGGCACGUGGUAGAGAUCGACCGUGCGGUGUUUGCCGUGACGGGCGACGUGGCCUCCACCAGGCGGGAGGUGGCGACGCUGCGCGAGGCUGUGGCAGCACUGCAGGCCGACGCCCACACCAUCACCACCACCCUCUCUAACCUGACGCAGGAGGCCAUCACGGCUCAGCAGAAAAUUGCUUACGCCACGCAGAGCGACGCAGACAUUUUACCGCCCGAAAAAGAGGCAGAGAAGGUGCAGCUCACGGUGAGGGAGGCGCUGCUGGAGGCAGAGCGGGCGAAGCAGGAGCAGAUGAGGUCAAAGAGGGAAUACGAGGACCUGGUGGCGGAGAUGAAGGUGGCUCUUCAGUUUUUCAAAGAGGCAAGUCCUGUCUCCGUUCAAGUUCCUGCCCAAGAUCCCGCCUCAAGUACUGCUCCUGCCUCAGUAGCCAAGUCCUCGUCCAAUUCCCAGGGGGGUAAGGGAUCCACCGGUUAUCAGUCCCUCUUUUCCAAGUCGUCCAGCAUCAUCUCAGGAUUCACCAGCAGACAUUCUCUCACCAAGUCUGUCUCCUUCGCUGCUGAACAGAAGGAGAAACGUAAGAGCAAUGGACCAGAAAACAAGGCCAACAGUUUGGAACGGGAUAAAAAGUAUGACAAAAAGGACAAAAAAGAUGGCAAAUCUCAGGCUUCCGUCCAAACCUCCAAAGAUAAGAAAGACAAGCAUUCUGAUGCAAUGGAUAAAAAGGACUCAAUACAACAGCACCACAAGCAGAAGCCAUUGCCAGAGGCGGGCCUCGGUCAUUUGCAUCGACUGGAGAACGGUGAGGGCGACACCAAGAAGACGUUCACCAGCUUAGAGAGGCGGGAGCGGCGACUCAGGGACAAACGAGCACAUGUUAUCUCUCCACUCUCUCUCGAGGACAUUCCAAUGGCUGACGAUGUCACGCACGAGCACGCGGCCAAGAGUGAUCCCACGACGCCCUCAGUAGAGCCAGACGCCAGCGAAGCGCAGUCCCAGAAGGCUUCCUUCAAGCAGACCCUCAGCAUCACUUUGGGUCAGUCAUCCACAGCGGCCUCCGGAGCUUCUAAUCGUCCCCAAGUAUUGGCGCUGAGUCGUGAUCGUCACAGCGGCGACCUCUCCACGUCCAACACCUCGCCGGAGUCCCCUUUGCCGCCCACCUCCAGCACAAGACCCGGCUCCUUCCUCCCCACCCUGGAGGAGUCCCCGCCAGUGUCCGGGGCCGCAUCCCUUUCAUCACUGCAUCAGCCUGGCUCAACCCCCGGACCGCAGGCUCGGCAGGGGGCCAUGAGCACCGUGCACAAAGACCGCCCACUAAGCACUUCUCAACAAACCAAGCGGAUUGGCACGUUUGCAAUCAGCCGCCAACACUCCUCGCCCAACAUUCCCCUCCAGCGGCAGAACUCGGGCUCAGCAUUCCCCAUCCAGCGGCAGCAGUCCUUGGGAACAGUGCCAGAGGGUCGCCUGCCGCGCCAGGAAUCCCUCACCUCAGUGCCAGAGGAGCGUCCUGUCGUGGACCGCACUCUCCCUCUCUCUCCUUCGCCAUCCUUGACCUACUUUCCCCUCUCCUCUACCCAUUCCUCAUCCACCCUAAGUGAUUCGGCUCGGCGCGCCGCGAGAGAGUCCAUGGAGCUGGUGACGGGGCCCGUGCUGGCGGGCUCCUCCAUCCAGGAGGCCAACGCCACGGGCACGCUUCCAGUUCUGCAUCUGGAUGAACAGAACAUGCAGCCCGCAGCGACCUCCACCCUCAAGCGAGCAUCCCAGUCGCAUUCUGACAAUGUUGGUAUCCUGGUGUGACCCGCGCUGCCUCACCACUUGGGUGCGACUGGAGACUCCCGAGACUCACACUCAGCAUGUUUAAUGUAGUGUUGUCUCCACAGGCGUCAGUUGCCUUAACAGCCUAAGUUAAGUCUUCCCGGAUCAUUAACAAAACUCUACAGUAUCGGGACUGGGAGUGAGACUGCAUGAAGCCUUGUGAAAAUUUUAGAGUCGUGAGCAGAGGAGCCACUCUUAAGAACGCUCUCCCUCGAUGGAGGAGAGCACUGUGUGUAUUUGCAUUUUCAAGCAUGACGAUUACUAACUGAUGUCAAGAAGCGAAAUUGCAUUCUAGUCUUCUUACUUUGCAACGUUCCUAGUUUAGUUCCUGUUGGUGCAGGCCCGCCUCGACAAGCCUCCCGCGUGGACACUCGCGCCACUUGACACGCUGCGCUUCUGUACACGUCGUUGGUCUUGGGGUGCUGAUGUAACAUUCGUGUCUCCGGAGAAGUGAGCGUAAGCGUGAGUGCUGCGUAGCGAGCCGUGGAUGGACUAGCAGCAGCGGCCAGUCACGCUAUGUCGUAUAAAUCAUAGUGAAAUAAUCCCUCGAGUAUAUAACCAAAUUUAUCGUUUUGUUUUGGUGUUUUAUUACAAAAUAUUCGUCUUUUUUGGCCUUGAAUUAAUAACUGAAACUAUUAUUCCUCGUUGGUGAUGAGCAGGGCGGAGAAAAGGUGAUGGAGAAAGGAGGAGGAAAGAGGAGGAGAAUACGAGCAGCAGAGUGGGAGGGAAAAAGAAUUUGAGCAAGAAGUGGGACUAACUCAUGCUUACUUCGGAUCACGAACUUUAUCGAACUCUACUAAGCGUGAAUUGUCUCUUCCUUCUCUCGUGUCAUUUCCGAAACGAACUCGAUGAUAAAGUGUUGAGGGUGCAGCGAAGUGGGGAGGAGGGUGCUGUGGUGCGGGCGGAGGAGGCACGGCGCCUCCUGAGAUCCUCACUGGACAGAUAAGGGACUAUCACACUCCAAAGUUUUUUUUACUUUGCCUCGAUAGCACCAGAGACAGACAACAACCAACUCAUCUUCCUCGUGUACUUUGUCUGUCAUCAUAUUUAUUUAUUUACUUAUUUAUUUUAUCUACUUCUCUGGAGAUGGGUACACUCUUGGUCAGCGGAAGAAUAAUAUGCCCUACUCACUUCCACCAAUCUGAGUUCACUGUUUAGUCAUUUCCCUCAGUCUUAAGUUCUGUGAUAUGCCAACAAUGUCACUUAUUACGUUUCGUGAUGGUUGUGUUGGCUUAUCAAGGGACUGACGAUCGAGCGGAAAACGCGAAAAAUAAAAAGGAAAAAAAUACGUGGUAGUGAGAGCGGUAGAUUAAUCGACUUCUGAGCAGUACUUGGUGUGGCCAUCGCUGCUCGUAUCAUCAGCAUGGCGGCCUCUUUCCCUCUCUCUAGCUGGCGGUAAGGUACUUUUCGACGUUCGAUAAUAAAACGCAGUACUACACA